AUGCUCUCUGGAAUUCUCAUCUUCAACCAGAAGGGUGAGAACCUCAUCUUUCGCGCCUUCCGCAACGACUGCCGCCCGCGACUUGCCGAUGUCUUCCGCAUUCAGGUCAUCUCCAACGCCCAAGUACGCUCGCCCAUCCUCACCCUUGGCUCCACCACCUUUAGCCAUGUCAAACACGAGAACAUAUACCUGGUCGCCGUGACCAAGAGCAAUGCCAAUGCGGCGCUCGUCUUUGAGUUUCUGUACCGCUUGGUGGGAUUGGGGAAGGCUUACUUCGGCAAGUUCGACGAGGAGGCCGUGAAGAACAAUUUCGUGCUGGUUUAUGAGCUGCUGGACGAGAUUCUGGAUUUUGGAUACCCACAGAAUACAGAGACAGACACGUUGAAGAUGUACAUCACAACUGAAGGUGUCAAGUCGGAAAGGGCAAUGGAGGACUCCUCGAAGAUCACAAUGCAGGCAACUGGUGCCCUUUCCUGGCGGCGGGCCGAUAUCAAGUACCGCAAGAACGAAGCCUUCGUCGAUGUCAUCGAGGACGUCAACCUGCUCAUGUCCGCGACGGGAACAGUACUGCGAGCCGACGUGAACGGACAGAUCAUAAUGCGCGCAUAUCUCUCGGGCACACCCGAGUGCAAGUUCGGUCUCAACGACCGACUAACGUUGGGCGAAGAUCAUCUACAACAACCGUCUGGAAACAAGGCAGGCGCGAAGGCUACAAGGGCAGCAGCGGGAAGUGUGACAUUGGAGGACUGUCAAUUCCACCAAUGCGUAAAGUUGGGCAAGUUCGAUGCGGACAGGAUAAUAUCCUUUGUUCCGCCCGACGGCGAGUUCGAGCUGAUGCGCUACCGAGCGACCGAGAACGUAAACCUGCCUUUCAAGGUGCACGCCAUUGUCAACGAGGUUGGCAAGACCAAGGUCGAAUACAGCAUCGCUAUUCGCGCCAACUAUGGCUCCAAGCUUUUUGCGACAAAUGUUGUCGUGCGGAUACCAACACCACUCAACACGGCGCGCAUUACCGAGCGGACAUCACAAGGCAAAGCCAAGUACGAGCCGGAGCACAACAACAUCGUCUGGAAGAUACCGAGGUUUACGGGGCAAAGUGAGUUUGUGCUGAGUGCUGAGGCCAGCCUGACCAGCAUGACCAACCAGAAGGCGUGGUCCCGACCACCGCUCAAUCUGAGCUUCUCAUUGUUGAUGUUCACCAGUUCGGGGCUACUUGUACGAUACUUGAAGGUGUUCGAGAAGAGCAACUACAGCAGUGUAAAGUGGGUGCGUUACAUGACGAGAGCGGGUAAUUAUGAGAUAAGCUGCUCCAUCAUGGAGGGCGUUGCUGCGUUCUCUCUGAUAUGCAACGUUAUACAGAUUGUCGAGCUUUCUCGAAAAAUCAUCACGACAGCAAAAGAGAUCCAGUCUUCUCGCAGCGGUGCGAUAGAUGAUCACGAAGAGUUGCAAGUCGCGGCUACAUACCUACAGCGUACUGUUGAUGAUCUGCGGCACAAAUCGACAGACGACGUUCUGCAACAGCUGGCAAGUCGCAGCCAGGCAGCCAUCAGCAGACACAUGGCUCUUUUAGAGUCGCUCCGUGGAAAAGGGCAGAUUGGCUCAUUGCAAGCCACGUUCAUGGCUAUGAAAGCACGAUGGAAACAGCGCCAACUAGAGGAGUCGCAAGCACAUGUUGAUCGCCUUUCCAAGCACCUCACGACUCACAUUAUCUUGACUUGCAUUCCAAGUUUGAAACGAGACAUGGGUCAUCUCGGUGCAGACAUUGCGAAUCAUCAUCAGAGGAUGGACGAAGAUAUCGGAGUAUUGAAGAGGCAACUAGCAAGAGUAGGCACGACGUUGGGUGAGACAUCAAGGACUGGAGAUACGACACAAGAUUUAGUGCGCCAAUUGCAUCAAUGGAUCACCGAGAAAGAAGAGAUACAAAUCCAGAGACAGUGUCUGCAUGCGCUUUACUUUCCACAGCUGCGUAGCCGGGAGGAAGAAGUCAAACCCGCGCACAAAAAGACUUUUGGGUGGAUCUUUGAUGAUCCUAGCGAUGACGCGGAAGCGAUUCAGAAGUCGAAAUUCAGGCGAUGGCUCCAUUCGGAUGAUUCUACCGAGAACCUGUUUUGGAUCUCAGAAUGGAUAACCGGCGGCCCUCAAUUCCAGUUCCCAUACGAUAGCCUCCUCAGUGCUCUCAACCGCCUCGUUACCAUCGCACCUAGACACGAUCUCCGAUUUCUCUUCCUGGUCGACGGUCUUGACGAGUUCGACGAUAGGCCAACUCAACUCGAACACUUCAUCUACAGUAUGGCGCCGAAUAAUGAAGUACUGAAUCACCUGAAAACACUUAUUCAGGGCAUCUGUAACGAUAAGAGUGGCAUGGAUAGAGACAUAGCAGGCUACCAGGCUGCGAAGCAUGCUAUGGAAUCCCUAGGAGAUGUCAGCGAUGAGGUUAAAGAAGGGCUCAAAGGGGCCAAAAUCAAUGCCGGAUCUGGAAAGCCGACGCCACAUAAUAUGCUCAUUGUCGACAGGGAUGGCGAGAAGUGGAUGGUUCAUCUUAUGCACCUGAUGUGGAUGCUUAGGUACACAGCACUUGGGGAAGAAAUGAAGACUACAGACGACGCGGAAUCUAAAGUCAAAGAAAUGAUAAAGAAGUGGGUUGAGGAAAAGCGUACCUGGCUUGAUGAGCAUGAGAAAUGCUGGGAGGCGGCUGGCAAGUGGAUCGCGGAGGAGAAACGAGGCGGGAAAGCAUUGAUGAUGUUGCCACGACCCGACUCAAGCAGUGCCUAG